GACGCCAUCGAUUUGUUUCAAGUCACUUUGCUUUAGUUCUCAUCAUCUUCUACGAUGGAAACGCCAUUUCUUCAUCUCUGUAAAAGCUUCACUUCUUCUUCUCCACUUUCAUAUAACAACCACAGUCUUUGCUUUGGACUUCAUAAUGAUCUGUUAUUAUCUCCUUCAAUCUGCAAUUUCCGGCGACGAAUCAAUGUCAACGGGAGGAAAAUCGUGGCGCAGGGAUCAAGACCAAACGACGGAAAUAGCCGUCCGGCGGGAAACAAAGGGAAAGUGACUCUGAAAGGUAACAAGGAGAAUAUAUGGAGCGUUGACAACGAAAUGGCGGAGAAGGAGAAGCGUAAGGUGAAGCCAAAGGGAGGAAGAAGAAGCGGGAAGAGAUUAGGUGGAGGAAGAAAGGGUAAAAUCGGUAGAGUUUUGGUUUCUGGGACGAUGUUGAUCGAAUCCGAGACUGUUCUUCAAACUCAGGAACCUGUGAUUAAACCAGUUUGGAGAACAUUUGCGAGUAGUGUAAGUGGGAUUUGGAAAGGUGUAGGAGCUGUGUUCUCGCCGAUAACUGCAGAGAUGGAACCUAUUGAAAUUGGGAAGAAGAAUGAGAGUCUUUAUGAUUGUUAUACUCUUUCUAGGAUCGAAGCGUUACCAUCUCCUUCUUCUGGUGGAGCUAAUACAGAGUCUGAGAUACAGAGGAAGAUCAAUUGGGUUACUUUGAAUCCUCAUGGAGAGUUAUUUCAGAAUACUGAGAGUAAAGAUGAGAUUUUGGUUGAUCAGACUGGUGUAGAUAGUCGUUUGCCUAAGUUUGAGUCUUUUAACUUGAAAGCAAGUGAUGUCAUGGAAGAGGAUUCCAUGGUAAAUCAACCCGGCCUCGUUUACUUCGAGGAUGGAUCGUAUUCUAGAGGUCCAGUUACAAUCCCUGUUGGGGAGAUGAGUGAAUCGAACUAUUACCUCACACCGACUUUCAAGUUUGAACAGUGUCUGGUGAAGGGUUGCCAUAAGAGACUGAGAGUAGUCCACACUAUAGAAUUCGCCAAUGGUGGUGCAGAUAUACAGAUAAUGAGAGUUGGUGUCUAUGAAGAACAGUGGGUUAGUCCUUCAAAUUAUGAAGAGCAAAGUGACAACGACGCACCAUUGGAGUUAAAACCAUUCUCUCAGAGGAAACGCACGCAACCAUCAGAACUAACAGGAUCGUGGAAAGUAUUUGAAGUAAGUGCAACUCCAAUCUAUGGAGAAGAAGCCGAAUUCGAGCAGCCAGGUGAAAGCACUCCAGUUGUGUACCUGUGCACAGAAGCUCUAAAGAGAAGGAACUUACCGGAAACUUUGGUUUCGUUUGGAGAAGAAGAGAUGAUAGAUAUGCAAGAUGUGUCUGUGAUGUGGCUACCAGGUGGUGUGACUGCAUACGUGGAUGUGAAGAAAGAUGGAGUCUUAUGCAUUGGAGUUGGAUGGUAUUCAGAUGAAGGAAUGAAUCUUGUGAUGGAGAGGGAUUAUGGUUUGGAUGGGAAUCUUAAAGAAGUUAGAUCAAAAUCCGAAAUGAAGAGACGAUGGACAGAAGAACCCAAGUAAAACUUGUUUGUUUUAGAUUUGAUAUUUACUCUUUGGUACAAAUGUAGUAACACUAGCUGAUGUUUGGUAAGGCAAUAAAUUGUUUUUCUCAGC